AUGUUCUUUGUUUUCGUGCCUCUCUUCACGAAGGGGGUCGACGGGGCGACGACCGUGGCCGCCACGUCCUACCUCGCGUCCCUGGCUGGCGUCAAGGUGUUCGUGACGGGAGGGAUGGGGGGCGUCCACAGGGGGGCGGAGACGACCUUCGACGUGUCGGCCGACCUUGCCGAGCUAGCGCAGACGCCGAUCGUCGUCGUGUGCGCCGGGGUGAAAUCCAUCCUCGAUAUCGAGAAGACUCUCGAGGUGCUCGAGACAAACGGGGUCCCCGUGGUCUCCUUAGGCACCGAUGACUUUCCAGCUUUUUUCAGCCCGUCCAGCGGGGUGCCGUCCCCGCUUAGGCUGGAUACGCCUUCUGAGGUGGCGGUCGCGGCAAAGGUGGGCGUGGAAGGGUCGAGGGCCGGGUUUGACCUCGGCAUGCGCAACGGCAUGGUUGUCGCCGUACCCAACCCUGCCCCGAUGUCCGGAGGGGCCGGCAUAGACGCAGCGAUUCACGAGGCUCUGGAACAGGCGGAAGCGAGGGGACUCAAGGGUCGCGACAUCACCCCCUUCGUGCUUGCCAGCGUGAAUGAGACCACGGGAGGGCACUCGCUGAAGAGCAACGUCGCUUUGGUUCGACAUAACGCAAAGGUUGGAGCCGACAUCGCGGUGCAACUCGCCGCAUUAACCGGCAGACCUACUGCCCCGGAGGCUUUCCUCGCCAGGCCGACGCCAACAGCAGCGCCGCCGCUCCGUGUGGCCGUUUUCGGCGGGUCCGUGGCCGACAUCGUCUCGAAACCUCCCACGGGAACCGCACUUACGCCCGGAACGUCUACCCUGGGAGAAACGCGGCAGAGCUUCGGUGGCGUGGGACGCAACGUGGCCGAGGGUGUCGCGAGGGUCUUGCUGGCGCGAAGGAGCGAAAAGGUCGCGGUGGGCAUUGACAGCAACAGCGACGGUAGUGGCGCUGUCGUCACUCUCGCUUCCGUAGUGGGCGCGGACGAGGCGGGCAAAGGGCUCGUGGCGGGUUGCGAAGAGGCCGGAGUUAACGCGGAAGCGACGGUGGAGGUGGGGUGUUCGUGUGGUGUUGGUGACGAUGGCGGCGGCGACGAAGCCGGGACUGCGAGCUACGUGGCCGUUCUUGGAGGCGACGGUGAUUUGGUGGCAGCAGUAGCUGACAUGCGCGUUUUGGAAAGGAUGACAUCGGACUUCGUGGAGAGACACGCCAGCAUUGUCGACGGAGCGUCAGUGGUUAUCGCCGAUGGAAACCUUCCGCCGGAAGGGUUUGCGCGGGUAGCGGGACUUUGCGCGGAAAGGAACGUUCCCCUCGUGUUUGAACCCACCUCGGUUGCGAAGUGCUCCGUCCCCUUCUCGGCUGAGGCGGUAGGGGGAAUUGCCUUAACCACACCAAACCUGGACGAGCUCGCAGCGAUGUCUUCGGCUGCUUUGGGCUGGCGGAAGGCGGGAAGCGGGGGGCAGGCAAUAAGGGAAGGACACUCCCUGGCAACGGCCGCGCUAGCAGACGGAAAGCUGGUGGAUGCCCGGCCACUUGGGCCGGCACUAAAGGCGGUGCUGGAGGCAAUGCUCGGCGAGGUGGCAACGCCGAUGACUCUUCUCGACGGCGCGAGGCACGUAGUCGUCACCUUGGGCAGCGCCGGCGUAGUGCUAGCGUCUGCCAGGCCCUGCCAACCUCAUAACGGGGGUCUGUUAAACGGGAGCGACCAUGAUAGCCGGGGUGUGAUAGAGUCACCACUGGGGUCCGGUCGGUGGUUUGCCUUGUCGGCAGAACACUAUCCCGCGCUCCCUCUCGAGCGCCCAGGACAGGCCGGCAGGGCGAUGGUCGCUGAUUGCACGGGGGCCGGCGACUGCUUGGUUGCGGGGUUGGUCGGAGGCCUUGCGUUGGGGUGGUCGGCGCGGGAGAGCACUUGCUUGGGUCUGCUAUGCGCUCGACAGAGCGUCUUGGCCGACAGGGCGGUCCCGGAGACACUUGGAGACAUUUUUGGAAGCACAGAUAACAUCUGCUCAGAGGGGGCAACAAGUGUCCUUUCAGCCCUACCAGAGGGCUACGAAUCGAAAGAAGUCCAUCCUUGGGCCGAUGCACAACAGCAGUAGGGCUUGAUAUCCAUGGUUGACGUAGCCGUGUGCUCGUAAUUGAUGUGUGCCGUGUUGUCUACCUCAAAACAUGCGAAUCUCAAAUGAAGCACCAGGGUCUGCUUGUUGUUCGAACUCCAAGAUAAAAUGCAGUAGAUGUAGAAGCCCCACGUCCUCUGUUUGUCGUACUUUGGAUAUAUUUGUGUCCGAUCUACAUGCGCUGUGUGCACCUGAUGGGGGUUUCGUGGGUGGGUAUGAAGUAUGUGGGGGGUAAGAGAAGCCCCCUGGUGCUAGAGAGACAGAAAGCCCACGAACUUACUUGCCUGAGGGGCUUGCGUGUCGGAUAUACAAUACAUGGUCCUUUUCAUCUGCUGUUCCUGGGAUAGCUUAGUACCCAGUCUCAACACCACAGUCCGCUGAGAUGGCGG